AUGGAAGUGAUGCGAGAGGGGAUGUUGGAGAAGCGCAGCAGUGGGCUGCUCCAGCUGUGGAAGAAGAAGCGCUGCGUGUUGACAGAAGAAGGACUGCGUCUGCGAGACUGCAGAGACCCUGGAGGCGAGGACGGGGAUGCUCCGUGCGUCGCGUUUGGAGCCAAAGCCAAAGAGCUGCGCUUCGACCGCAUGACAACAGUGGACUGUGUCGAGUACAAACGAGGACUCGUGUAUUUUACGGUGGUCAUGGCCACUGGCUGUGCAGACAGGGAAGAACCGGCACAUCUCUGCACCUCACCUGAGGACCUGGGGAGAACAGGAGCUUUGAAGGCCAAGAACAGUCAAAGAAAACCAGUGGAUAAAGCCCCCCGGUCCCUGCACUGA